GACAGCCUCCACUAGCCCAGGUUGCUCCAAGCCACCUCCAACCUGGCCUUGGACACUCCCAGGGAUGGGGCAGCCACAGCUGUUCUGGGAAAUCUGUUCUGGGGCCACACCACCCUCACAGAACGGAAUUUCUUGACAAUUUCUCUUCCUGAGUCCAUUUCUCCAUCUGUAAAAGAGCAGCAGUGUUACCUGGCUCUAUAAAGCUGAAUACACAAUGAUGAAAUGGUUUUGUCUGAAGGGACCUUAAAGCCAUCCAGUCCCACCUACUGUCAGGGGCAGGGACACAUUCCUGUCCAGUCUGGUCUGGGACACUUCCAGCGGUGAACUUACAUCUCCUACAUCUGCAGAACUUCCAGUAAUCCACAGCCCCUGUAAGACUCUGGAUAAGCUGCUGUGAACAGCCACGGGUCCUCCAGCAUGGAUCAGGUCUAAUGCUGCCUUACCCAGGAGUUGCUUCUGGGACCCCCCUGUUUGUCAGGUAGGUCCCAUCACCUGAGUGGCUUGCCACCAAGCCAAUAAACAAGAUACACCCACGUGGAAAAGAGCGCCUCUCGUCUUUUACUUUCGUCUAUGCGGGUCCGUGUGGGCUAGAGUCUGAGCUAGCCAGAUUGGACUCAUAUAAGGCCCAGGAAAACCACAGAAUACUGCAAUCACCAGAAGCCACAGCAGUCCUGCAGUCUGCUUCAGACACCCCCCAGCCACAGGAGGCAUCCACCCCACAAACAGGCACAAAUCCCCUUCGCUUUCCUUCAAAACUUCAGCCAUAGAGUGUUUAAAAAACUCACCAAAUUCAUCGUAAAUCAAAUGGAUCCAAGCCAAGAUUUGGAUCCUGUCGAAAGCAUUGCAGACAAUGAGCACUUCAGGCCUCUCUGUCUACUGAAGAAAAAGAGAAAAUCAAAACGCGUAUUCCACUCAGCUCCCUACUAUCAGUGGACAGGGUUCACACUGGAUGAUGUGCUGCUGCCUGGAGAAGAUGAUAAAAGCAUAGAGUCCCUCCAUCAGGAAUCCAGUCAAUUUACUCUCACAAAAACCAGUGCUGAUCAGGUUGAGGGGCAUGCCAGUGCUCCUUUGGGCCCUGUAAGUGCAGAAGCGGGAGGAGGUGCCUCCUCGUUGAAUGUCUUUUCCAUUACGCUACAGAAGAAGAGCAUACCACUGCAGUCACUGGAGGCACUGAGAAGAGAAAGACAAAUCAACAUAAAUCACUCCCUCAUCCAACAACUACAGAGAACAAACAUCAAUCUAUACAUGGUCACUGAAAUCCUUGAAGCCUCAGAGGAGACUAUCUACAAGGCAUCCAUCACGGCAGAUGGGGUCUUUAAUGUCAUGUGUCACAUCACACUUGGUGCACAGGGCACCAGAGAGAACAACCAAAGCAUAGUCAUACCCAAGGGCUGCACGCUGGCCUUCAGGACCAUCCCGCUAUACAUUAGACACAGAGAAUGGAAUCUGGAGCACUUAGCAAAGAUAGAUGUGAGAGGCCACAAAACUCCUGACAGUGAACCCAUGUCAGCGAGAAGAAACUUAAAAUACAGAAUGAAAAAAAUUGCAAACCACAAUCAAUUCGAAUUUGAAGAAUACUGUGCAAUAGAAUUCAGUCUGAAAGAAGCUGAAACCUGCUGUGAAUUAGAAUUCGGACUGAAAGAAGCUGAAACCAGGUGUGAAUUAGAAUUCGGACUGAAAGAAGUUGAAAUCCACUGUCAAAUCUUCUCUGAGUUGUCUCCUGACCUGCUGCUCAUCAUCUUAAACACCAUCAAAGCUGUGAUGAGAGACAAGAACCUCCUUCAAGAGCUCAGCCAGAAAAUGGAAGAGGUUCCUGAGCAAAAUUAUGGUUAUCAGCUGAAUACUGAGAGCCCAGACUUAAAGGACCUGUUCAACAUCUUACAGCAUUCUCCAAGACAGCUUGUCCUUCAGCUGGCAAAAGGGAUCACCUACAUCCUUGAUGCUUUGCAGGAGUUAACGGAGGAUCAGCUGGAGCUGCUGCUGGAAUCCUUGGAAAGGAAGAUUGUGUCCCAACAGCUGAACCUGGUUGAAGACCUACUGACACAUGACCUGGAGUAUCAGAUGCAGCAUUUCCAUGUGGAUGCCAAGCUGCUCUCCUUCCCACACAAGGAGGAACAGAUGUUAACCAUUGCCCUGGUGGAGCUGAGUGGAGUGCAGCUCCAGGAAGAUGGAUCAGCUGUCCCUAGGGAUAAACCCUUCGAGGCUGUAGCAGCCCUGUUUGCAGCCCUGUAUGCCCUCAAACUCCUGAGUGGUUCCAAGUAGGAUGUACCUGCCCCUCCACAAGAUGUUAGGGAAUCUCUGCUGACAAGACAAUUUUUCUCUCCCAAUAUCACCCUAGUUAAUGCUCAAGGCUGCUUUGGCUGGCAAAAGCAAAUUUAAGGCAGAAAAAUUCAUUAUGGAUGCUAAAGGCAGGAUAUCAAAGUAGAUUUGUCUGUCCAUCUCCCUAAGAAUACUGAGGGAAAACAGGAAAAUCCACAAACCCAAAGAAUCACAGGCCUGGCACCAGUGAUUCAUGUAAUCCUGCUUCCCUCAAAAUUAUGCUGCUGCUUCUGCAAUCACUAAAAGGGAAAGGGAAGGGCAAAGGGAAUGGAAAGGGGAUGGGAAUGGAAAGGGGAAGGGGAGAUGCAAGGGAGAAGGAAAAGAACAUACCAUGGCAAAAAUGAAAUGCAAAGGAAAAGGAAGAAAAUUAAAAGAAAACAAAAGCCAAAGGAAAACAUCAGCACUGAUUCACCCUGGUCCCUCUCUGGUUCAGUGGGGGCUCCAUUCACUACUGGCUGUAGGAAGGUGGGGAAAUCCCAAAGGUUUCACUCUCACCUCUCUCAUCCCAUCUCCCCAAGAUGCUCAAGAGACUUGGGCAGCACUUCAGAGCGAUACCACAAAUAUUCCCAUUAUCACUUUAUAAAUAAAGAGCAGCUUCUUGCUAAGCAA